AUGGCGCGUUUCGGAGACGAGAUGCCCAACAGGUACAGCGGAGGAGGGGCGGGAGGCGGCGGGGGACCGGCCGGCGGACAAGGGCCCAACCGCGGCGGCAGCAGGCAGGGAGGACCCCCGGGAGCGCAGCGGAUGUACAAGCAGUCCAUGGCCCAGAGAGCGAGGACCAUGGCGCUGUACAACCCCAUCCCCGUGCGCCAGAGCUGCCUCACGGUCAACCGAUCCCUGUUCCUCUUCAGCGAGGACAACGUGGUGAGGAAGUACGCCAAGAAGAUCACGGAGUGGCCAUAUCCUUUGAGGAGGAUGAUGAUCUGAACGAUCAUCGCAAACUGUAUCGUUCUGGCCCUGGAGCAGCACCUGCCCGACGGGGACAAGACGCCCCUGUCAGAGAGACUGGAGGAGACGGAGCCGUACUUUAUCGCCAUCUUCUGUUUCGAGUCGGGGAUAAAGAUUCUGGCUCUGGGCUUCGCGCUGCACAAAGGCUCGUACCUGCGCAACGGCUGGAACGUCAUGGACUUCGUGGUGGUUCUCACGGGUAUCCUGUCUUCGGUGGGCUCUCAGUUGGACCUGCGGACGCUCCGGGCCGUGCGAGUUCUCCGACCGCUCAAACUCGUCUCCGGGAUUCCCAGCCUGCAGGUGGUGCUCAAGUCCAUCAUGAAGGCGAUGAUCCCUCUGCUGCAGAUCGGGCUGCUCCUCUUCGUGGCCAUCCUCAUGUUCGCCAUCAUCGGCCUCGAGUUCUACAUGGGGAAGUUCCACACCACCUGCUACGACGACGUCACACAUGAGACGGUGGACGAGACGCCGUGUGGGACGGAGCCGCCGUCUCGUCUUUGUCCAAACGGGACGUCGUGUAAAGGCGGUUGGCUCGGACCAAACUACGGCAUCACGCAGUUCGACAACAUCCUGUUCGCCGUCCUCACCGUGUUCCAGUGCAUCACCAUGGAGGGCUGGACCGAGAUGCUCUACCACAGUAACGAUGUGGAGGGCAGCUCCUGGAACUGGAUGUACUACAUCCCCCUCAUCAUCAUCGGCUCCUUCUUCAUGCUCAACCUGGUGCUGGGCGUCCUCUCCGGGGAGUUCGCCAAAGAGCGAGAGCGAGUGGAAAACCGGAGCGAGUUCCUGAAGCUCCGGAGACAACAGCAGAUCGAGAGAGAACUCAACGGAUACCUGGAGUGGAUCUGUAAAGCAGAGGAGGUGAUUCUGGCUGAAGAAGACGGAACGGGAAACUUCGACGGUUCCAGACGGAGGCCGACGAUCAAAACCAAAAACAACAAGACGGAGCUUCUGAACACGGAGGAGGGCGAGGACAACCUGGGCGACGCCGUGGGUUUCGCUCGGUCGAGUAUAAAAAGCGGGAAAGAAGGAUCCACCUACAGUAAGAAGGAGCGACGCCUGAGGUUCUUCAUCCGGAAGAUCGUGAAGACUCAGGCGUUUUACUGGACCGUGCUCUGCCUCGUGGGCCUCAACACCGUGUGUGUGGCGGCGGUUCACUACGACCAGCCCGAACUGCUCUCCGACUUCCUCUUCUAUGCAGAGUUCAUCUUCCUCGGUCUCUUCAUGUCGGAGAUGUUGAUUAAAAUGUACGGUUUAGGAAUCCAGCCGUACUUCCACUCGUCCUUCAACUGCUUCGACUGCGUGGUGAUCGUGGGGAGUAUUUUUGAGGUGGUCUGGGCGACCAUCAAACCAGGAUCUUCAUUUGGCAUCAGUGUCCUGAGAGCUCUGAGACUCCUCCGGAUUUUUAAAGUCACCAAAUACUGGGCUCCUCUGAGGAACCUGGUGGUGUCUUUGCUGAACUCCAUGAAGUCCAUCGUGUCUCUUCUGUUCCUCCUCUUCCUCUUCAUCGUCGUCUUCGCCCUGUUGGGGAUGCAGCUCUUCGGCGGACAGUUUAAUUUCGAGGACGGGACUCCACCGACCAACUUCGACACUUUCGCGGCGGCCAUCAUGACCGUGUUUCAGAUCCUGACGGGUGAAGACUGGAACGUGGUGAUGUACGACGGCAUCAAGUCUCAGGGAGGAGUCAACGACAAAGGGAUGAUCUUCUCCAUCUUCUUCAUCGUGCUCACGCUCUUCGGGAACUACACUCUGCUCAACGUGUUCUUGGCCAUCGCCGUGGACAAUCUGGCCAACGCUCAGGAGCUCACCAAGGACGAGGAGGAGCAGGAGGAGGCGGCCAAUCAGAAGACGGCUCUGCAAAAGGCCAAAGAGGUCGCAGAGGUCAGCCCCCUGUCGGCCGCCAACCUGUCCAUCGCCGCGAAGGAGCAGCAGAAGAACCACGCCAAAGGGAACAAGUCGGUGUGGGAGCAGCGCACGAGCGAGAUCCGCCGGCAGAACCUGAUGACGAGUCGCGAGGCGCUUUACAACGAGCUGGAGCAGGAGGACUGGAAGGUGGGAGGGGAGGGCGAGCAGGUGUCCUACCCACGAAAAGGAGACAUGAAAACUCACCUGGACCGCCCCCUCGUGGUCAACCCGCAGGACAACCGUAACAACAACACGAACAAGACGGCGCCCGGGGAGGUUCCUCUGGAGCAGGAGUACAGGCACCAGGACCUGGAGCACCAGAGACGUGCAGGUCCUUCAUCUCACCACCACCACCACCACCAUCAUCACCACCACCACCACCACCCCAGACCCGGCGCCGACCCGGCCCCGGACGCGGGCACCGGCGUCGGGCGCGGCCUCAGCUGCUCGUCGCUGCCGCACGCCGACGUCGGCGAGGAGCCUCAGGGCCACCGCGGGCAUCACUGCCACCGGCACAAGAACCGCGAGGGCAGGGAGGCCCGGAGCGUCUCCCCCCACAGCGAGGUGCCCAGAGACGGGCAGCACGAGCACAGACGCUCCCGACAGCACCGCAGGUCCAGAGACCCGGAGGACGGCAGCAGGAGACACCGGUCCACGUGCGGAGACGGAGACGGGGACAAGGACGGAGAGAGAGAAGGACGGAGGGGACGGAGACACAGACACCGCAAGAGAGAGCACCACAGCCUGGGCCCCAGUCUGUCCACCACCCGCCCCAUCCAGCAGUACAACGAGUCCCUGGACAAUCUGAGGAACAACAGCAAACUGUGCGAGCUGCCGUACACGCUGCCCCCGGACCACCCGGACCACCCCGACCACGUCAACAACCUGCUGAACACCUGCGACUCCGACACCCACACCCUCCUCCACAGCAUGGACAGUCUGAUCCUCACCAGCCUGGCCAAACCCGACUACACCACCAUCGACAUGCCGCCCGUCUACCCCUACCCCUCCACCAACGCCAUCCUGCAAGUGAAUAAAAACGCAAACACCGACCAGAAGAAACCUGAGGAGAAAGAAGAAGAAGACGAAGGAGACGACGGAGAAGGAAUGAAACGAAUCCCUCCAUACAGCUCCUGCUUCAUCAUGUCCACCACCAACCCGUUCCGUAGAUGUUGUCACUACAUCUUGACUCUGAAGUACUUUGAGUUCAGUAUUCUGUCUGUGAUCGCCAUGAGCAGCAUCGCCCUGGCAGCAGAGGACCCGGUGUGGCCCGACUCGCCCAGGAACAACGUUCUCCGAUAUUUUGACUACGUCUUCACAGGAGUGUUCACGUUUGAAAUGCUCAUCAAGAUGGUGGUCCUGGGCCUGUUCCUGCACCAGGGCUCGUACUUCCGAGACCUGUGGAACAUCCUGGACUUUAUAGUGGUUAGUGGUGCUCUGGUGGCCUUCGCCUUCACGAGCAGUACCCGGGGGAGCAGCAAAGGCAAAGACAUCAGCACGAUCAAGUCCCUGCGAGUGCUGAGGGUCCUGCGGCCGCUCAAGACCAUCAAGAGGCUCCCCAAGCUCAAGGCCGUGUUCGACUGUGUGGUGAACUCCCUGAAGAACGUCCUGAACAUCUUGAUCGUCUACAUGCUCUUCAUGUUCAUCUUCGCUGUGGUGGCCGUGCAGCUCUUCAAAGGACGAUUCUUCUACUGCUCCGACGAGUCCAAAGAGUUCGAGCGCGACUGCAGGGGCGAGUAUCUGGUGUACGAGCGAGACGAGGUGAAAGCUCAGAAGCGGGAGUGGAAGAAGUACGAUUUCCACUACGACAAUGUGGCUUGGGCCCUGCUCACCCUCUUCACUGUGUCCACUGGAGAGGGGUGGCCCACGGUGUUAAAACACUCGGUGGACUCCACUUAUGAGAACCAGGGCCCCAGCCCGGGAUACAGGAUGGAGAUGUCCAUCUUUUACGUGGUGUACUUCGUUGUCUUCCCCUUCUUCUUCGUAAACAUCUUUGUGGCUCUCAUCAUCAUCACCUUCCAAGAGCAAGGAGACAAGAUGAUGGAGGACUACAGCCUCGAGAAGAACGAGAGAGCUUGUAUCGACUUUGCCAUAAACGCUCGUCCUUUGACUCGUCACAUGCCCAAGAACAAGUUGAGUUUCCAGUAUCGGAUGUGGCAGUUUGUGGUUUCUCCUCCGUUUGAGUACAGCAUCAUGGCUCUGAUCGCGCUCAACACCAUCGUCCUCAUGAUGAAGUUCGACGGUGCGUCUCAAACCUACGAUAACGUCCUGAAGAACCUGAACAUCGUCUUCACCACCUUCUUCUUCAUGGAGUCGAUUCUGAAGAUCAUCGCCUUCGGGCCCCUGAAUUUCUUCCGAGACGCCUGGAACAUCUUUGACUUCGUGUCCGUGCUCGGCUCCAUCACGGACAUCCUGGUCACGGAGCUCGGGAAUAACUUCAUAAACCUGAGUUUCCUGAGGCUGUUCCGAGCGGCUCGACUCAUCAAACUGCUCCGGCAGGGGGAGACCAUACGCAUCCUGCUAUGGACGUUUGUGCAGUCCUUCAAGGCUCUGCCCUACGUGUGCCUCCUCAUCGCCAUGCUCUUCUUCAUCUACGCCAUCAUCGGGAUGCAGCUCUUUGGUAAUCUUGCUCUGGGGGAGGAGGGAGAAAUCAACGAACACAACAACUUCAGGACGUUCAUCAUGGCGCUGAUGCUGCUCUUCAGGAGUGCCACGGGGGAGGCGUGGCAUGAGAUCAUGUUGGCGUGUUUGGGAGGAAAAGAGUGUGACCCCGACUCUGGGAACUCGGGGCCGGAGUGCGGCAGCACCUUCGCCUACACCUACUUCGUCUCCUUCAUCUUCCUCUGCUCCUUCCUGAUGUUGAACCUGUUCGUCGCCGUCAUCAUGGAUAACUUUGAGUAUUUGACCCGAGACUCGUCCAUCCUGGGUCCUCACCACCUCGACGAGUACGUCAGGAUCUGGGCCGAGUAUGACCCAGCCGCCUGCGGGCGCAUUCAUUAUAAGGAUAUGUACAGUUUAUUGCGGGUUAUCUCCCCCCCCCUGGGCCUUGGCAAGAAAUGCCCUCAUAGGGUGGCGUGCAAGAGGCUGCUGCGGAUGGACCUGCCCGUCGCCGACGACAACACGGUGCACUUCAACUCCACCCUGAUGGCGCUGAUCCGGACGGCGCUGGACAUCAAGAUCGCCAAGGGAAGUAUCGGAGGGGCAGAUAAGCACCAAAUGGACGCAGAGCUCAGAAAAGAGAUGAUGGCAAUAUGGCCGAACUUGUCUCAGAAGACGCUGGACCUGCUGGUGACGCCGCACAAGGCAGCCACAGACCUCACAGUGGGAAAGAUCUACGCCGCCAUGAUGAUCAUGGAGUAUUACCGCCAGAGCAAGAUGAAGAAGCAGCAGAUUCUGAGGGAGGAGCAGAACCGACCGCCCUUAAUGUUUGAACGCAUGGAGCCUCCGAGUGAAGGAGGGAGAGAGGGUCAGGGGCCCAACGGGGGCCCGGGCCUGCAGCCGGACCACCUCAACACCAUACCACCAGAGGGCGGUAUGACGGAGAGCCCCUCGUGGAUGACGGCCAAAGCCCAGCAAAUGUUCCAGAAAACGGGGAACUGGAGCCCGGAGAGAAGUUACCCCGACGACCUCCAGGACAACAGGCACAACCCACAGACAGUAGAGAUGAGGGAGAUGGGCCGGUUGUCGGACUCAGAGCCUUUUCACAUGGACGUGCACGGGCGCACGGUGUCACUGCCCCGCCUGUCCGCAGACAACCAACGGAGGAGACACAGGCCCAGAGGGAAUAACUACAGUUCUGUCCCGGACUCCAGUCCUCUGCGACGUUCUUCUUCCAGCCUGGUUCACGGUCGUUCUGGACGCUCCGUUCGUCUGGAGGAUUAUUCUCUGGAGCGGGAGGUUUCUGAGGAGGGUCACCGCGGAGGAGGAGGCCGACGCCACCGAGACCGAAGCCACCGCACGAGCCAGCGCUCGCUCACCAGAUACACGGACGUGGACACAGGCCUGGGCACAGACCUGAGCACCACGACGCAGUCUGGUGAGCUGCCCCCCAAAGAGCACGAGAGGGACCGAGGGAGGACCAAAGACCGACGCCACCACCACCACCACCACCACCACGGCUCCUUUGACAAAGACCGAUACCACGACUACCCCCACAGACACGCCCACGACCGCCACUGGUCCCGGUCGCCCAGCGAAGGCCCCGAGGGGCGGGGCCACAGACAGGGCAGUAGUUCCGUGAGCGGCAGCCCCGUCCCGUCCACGUCCGGGACCAGCACGCCGCGCCGGGGGCGGAGACAGCUGCCCCAGACGCCCGCCGUGCCCCGCCCCCACGUCACCUACUCCCCCGCCGUGAGGAAACCCGGCUACGGCCCCCCGCCUCCCGGACGCCUCCGCUCGCCCUCCCCGUCAUUUCUCCCCCCGGACCACGACCGCGCCUACCACCACAGGCCCCCCUCCCGCCACGCCUCCCCCCACCGCGGCGGCUCCUCGUCCAGGCACGGCUCCCCGCGCUCGCCGCACCGCGGGCGCUGGAGCGGCCCCCCGCCGGGCGACAGUCUGGAGGGAGACGGGUUUUACGAGCACGAUUACGAGCCGCCCGCGUACGAACAGAGCCUGUCCCACGGGAACCCCCACCCCGCUCCCCAAGGACCUCGGCCACGGCCCCCCCCCUCCCCCCACACGCGGAGGGUCCCCAACGGGUACCGCUCGUCCUCGCCGUCCCCGCACCGGCGCGGGCCCCCGGGAGCCCCCCCGCACCACCGCCCCCACCCCAGAGGCCCGAGGAAGGGCCUCCACGAACCUUACAGCGAAACAGACGAGGACGACUGGUGCUGA